UUUCUUAUUCCCUAUAUCCUCUUCUUAAUCAUUGCUGGAAUGCCCCUGUUCUAUAUGGAAUUAGCACUGGGACAGUAUAACCGAGAAGGGGCUGCCACUGUGUGGAAAAUCUGUCCAGUUUUCAAAGGUGUAGGCUAUGCAGUGAUACUCAUAGCUCUUUAUGUGGGAUUCUACUACAACGUUAUUAUAGCUUGGUCUCUGUAUUACCUAUUUUCAUCAUUCACAUUUGAGCUCCCCUGGACACACUGUGACAACAGUUGGAACAGUCCAAACUGUACAGAUCCCAAACUCUUCAAUGCAUCAGUGCUUGGCAAUGGUACCAAAUAUUCGAAGUACAAGCUCACUCCUGCAGCUGAAUUUUAUGAGCGAGGAGUUCUGCACCUGCACGAAAGCCGUGGAAUCCAUGACCUUGGCUUGCCUCGCUGGCAGCUUUCCCUCUGCCUCUUGGUGGUUGUAAUCAUUCUUUUCUUUAGUCUGUGGAAAGGCGUGAAGACUUCAGGAAAGGUUGUUUGGAUAACAGCCACUUUGCCUUAUGUUGUAUUAUUUGUCUUGUUAAUACAUGGAAUAACCCUGCCUGGUGCAUACAAUGGAAUAAAUGCAUACCUGCACAUAGAUUUCAGAAGAUUAAAAGAAGCCACAGUGUGGAUUGAUGCAGCUACUCAGAUAUUUUACUCCUUAGGAGCCGGGUUUGGUGUUUUAAUCGCAUUUGCCAGUUACAACAAGUUUGACAACAACUGUUACAGGGAUGCUUUGCUGACUAGUACCAUUAACUGUGUCACAAGCUUCAUCUCAGGAUUUGCGAUUUUCUCCAUAUUGGGCUACAUGGCUCAUGAGCACAAAGUUAAAAUUGAGGAUGUUGCUACUGAAGGAGCUGGUUUAGUUUUCAUCCUGUAUCCAGAGGCAAUUUCAACUCUUUCCGGAUCUACAUUUUGGGCUGUGGUAUUCUUCAUAAUGCUCCUUACUCUUGGUAUUGACAGUUCUAUGGGUGGAAUGGAGGCUGUCAUCACUGGCUUGGCAGAUGAUUUCCAAAUUCUGAAGCAGCACAGAAAGCUAUUCACCUUUGGCGUUUCUUUUGGCACUUUUCUACUUGCCCUUUUUUGCAUCACCAAUGGUGGAAUUUACGUGCUCACACUUCUGGACACAUUUGCAGCUGGGACUUCGAUAUUAUUUGCAGUUCUAAUGGAGGCAAUUGGAGUUUCCUGGUUUUAUGGUGUGGACAGAUUCAGUGAAGAUAUACAACAAAUGAUGGGCUUCAAGCCAGGCCUCUACUGGAGACUGUGCUGGAAAUUUGUUAGCCCUGCUUUUUUAUUGUUUGUCGUGAUAGUCAGCAUAAUAAAUUUCAAACCUCUGACCUAUGAUGACUACACCUUCCCUCUCUGGGCAAAUCGCAUUGGAUGGGGAAUAGCAUUGUCUUCCAUGAUACUUGUGCCUGCCUAUAUUAUCUAUAAAUUCAUGAAUGUGCGUGGGACCUUUAAAGAAAGACUAGCUUACUGCAUCACACCCGAAAAUGAGCACCAACUCGUGGCCCAAGGAAAUGUCAGGCAGUUUAAGCUUCAACACUGGCUAACAAUAUGACAACCAACAGGUUGAGGAAAAAGCCAAUAUAUUAAGGUAAACUGAGAAUACAGAAAAGUCAAGUUCAAAGCUCCCUCGUUUAUGCUUGGACCAGGCUGGCUCAGAGCUUAUCUACUGACUCUUUGAGGGAAGACAUCUGCUCUCUGUUCUCAACACCUCCCUUCUAUUACUUGGCUUCAAAUGAUCUUUAAAGACUGUUUAAUUUUCCUUACAUCCUUUGGUGCCAUGAGAUCCCUACAUGACCAAAACUUGUGAGUUUUGCUAUUGGUAGAAGUGGAGGAGGCGGGAGCAGGGAAAAAAGCAAUCAACAUAAGUUAAAUGCUCUUUCAGUGUGAAGAAGUCAAUUAAAAUUUUCUGACAGUAAUGAUUACUUCAGAUAUUCAUGCCACGACCUAUUUUAAACCAACAACACCUGAACGUUCUUAGACGUAAGGAAAGAGUACAUCUCAAUUAUGAGGAAAGAGCAAUUUUAACUAUGUACUAAUAUCAUUAGCUUUCUUGCCAUACUAUCUUUGGGGAUAUAAACUGAAAACUCAUUGCUACAUUUUCAGUGGUUUAAUAUUAGUUUUCUUCUCUUGGUGAAGAAGGUUGUCUCUCCUGUAUAUGUCCAUGCCAUUUCCUGUCCAGUUUAAUUACACAAGCUGAAGAGCAGCAGGAACAGAAUUCCUGUUAUUCACACUAAGUACAGAAUACAGUUUAAUACCACCCUGUACUUCAUGAAAAAUAUAUUCCCUUAUAUCAACAAUUGAAAUAGCUUUAUCACAC